UUGAAUAGUAAAGAUGUUGAGAAUGUCGGAAGUGUUUUGGAUGCAUCCGCAGCAGAAUCUAGGAAAAUGCAAAUUCAGAAAUCAAAAUAUCUUGGAGGUGAUAUGGAACACACCCAUUUGGUUAAAGGCCUUGAUUAUUCGCUUUUAAAUAAAGUCAGAACGGAAAUACAUGAACAACAAGCAUUAAAUGACCCAGUUGUUGUUUCCAAUGAUCCAACACAAGCUGGGAACAAAUUAGCUCGAAAUGUCUGCAAAAUAUUAUUCGAAAACAAACUUCCUCAAAGAAAUGAACUUUUUGUGAGAGGUAGAAUGGCUUAUUUAGUUGAAUUAGAUGAAGAAGAAUCUGAUGUGCCUAGUACUUUAAUGCGCUCAGUUGUUGAUUCUUCUGCAGAUCAGACAAUUGAAAAUAUUAAUGCGGAUAAUGUGCUUAUAAAUAAAUUAUCUCAAGUGUUGGUCUACCUUCGAACUGAUCUUAAGAAAAAGAAGAAAACUGGAUUUGAACGUGACCUACCUCAACAUCAAGAAUCUACUAGUAUUUUUGAAGGUUUAGAUGAUUAUGUUUCUUCGAAUAAAAAUGAUGAAAAAAGAAAUGGGGAUAUUAGAAGGAGACAAAGAGAGGGGGAAUCUUCUUCAGAUCAAAGAAAAAGUUACUUUUCAAGCACGGAUGGAGAAAGAAGUCGCGGACGUGAUGAUCGUAACUCAGCAAGAGACAGAAGACCAGAAAGAAGAAGAGAACGCGAUGAAGAUGAAAGACGUGAAAAAGAAAAAUUAGAGAAGGAAAAACUAGAAAAAGAAAUGUUAGAUAAGGAAGAGAUGUUGCAAAAAAAGAGACGAAAAUUGGAACAAGAAGAUGCUUAUGCUGAAUUUUAUCCGGGUGGUCUUGGGAUGAUGGACGCAGGUGGGGAGAGCGAUGACGAUGACUUUUCACAAAUGGAUCAGGGAAAUCGAAAAUCUCAAAUAAAACGUUGGGACUUUGACACUCAAGAAGAUUAUGAACGUUACCAAAGUGCACGAGAAGCACACCCUCGAGCUGUUUACCAAUUUGGAGUAAAAACUAGCGGUGGAAGAAAAACUCGAAAAAAUGUUUCGGCAGUCAAUGAAAAGAAAAUUGACAGAGAAUUGGAUAAAAUUAAUAAAAUUUUGGAGAGAGGAACAAAUCAAAGUAUACGUUAUUAA